UCAGUUCCUGUAAUGUAGUUUCUUUGCAGUGAAGGGUUCGAUAUAGAUAACAGAUAUUCAACGUUUAAGCUUAAUCUAUGAACGUUUUAUAUAAAGACGAUCGGAAAUAAACUAGCUAAGAGUGUAUAAUAAUGAAGGAUACAGAAAGUGUAUACGAGUGGAGAAUAUAGUAAAUAAAGUAACAGUUUCGUAUAAACUUUCAGUGACAUUUGCGUAUAUGGGUUUGGACACAGCAUCACUGUGUAGAUAUGACACUCCAGCUAAGGCCUUCCGAAAUACAUUAUUCUCAAGACAGUAUAACACGGGCGAAACGUUAGAUGAACUCUGUGAAGACAGGAUUUCCGUGUCGGAUAUCAAAAGAAUAUCUGUAGCGAAAGUUAAAAGUCAGUGGUUUACCUGGGACAACAGACGGUUAUGGGUAUUUCGUCAUCUAGAAAGGCUUGGCAAAUGCCAUAGAAUUCCUGUGAGACAUAGUAACCCUAUUGCUGACUCAAGACUCACAACAAAAUGCGGAGGACACUCUGUGUAUGUAAGAGGCGAACCUGGUGGCUUUUGGUAUAGACAGGCCUCAAACUCAUUCAGUUUACAGCCGACUAGUAGGUCUUCGACCAAGAUGUCCUCAUCAGGUUCAUCCUCAUCCGGACGGCCUUUCAACACGUCUUCAAACAGAUCGUCCAUAACAGGUCCAUCCUCAACCAGAUGGCCUUCAUACAGGCCGUCUUUACCACAGAACAAUUGGCCUUCAAGUGAUUCGCCUUCAUUUACAGAUUCUUUAUGGAAUUUUGCUAAAAUUGGUUUGGGAAUAGGUGUACUUUAGUUGUUGACGAAAUUAAAGUAAGGAUAAAUUCAGACACAACCUAAACUCUUGUCGUCGAAGGAAUAUAAACAUAUUUUAUCAGAAGCAUAUUUCAGUAAAACUGACAGUUAAAUAACUUCCGGUAAUUGUACGUGAAAACAAAUGGAUGUGACAAAUAUAAAAUACAUAUUUUACUAGUAUAAGGGCAUUGUUACAAGUAAAACAAUUGAAAAACUAUGGACUGAAACAAGAAAAUGUACUUGUUUUCUACGUAAGCUCAAAAUAUCGUUCACUCAGUCAUAUAAACAAGCGAGUUAACAGCUCGUGGUGUUCCCUUAUUGACAGAAAGAUAUAUUUCCAAUGUAUUGUAAUCAUAGUUAAAUCAGUUCCAAAUGAUCGGGCUUUGGUACAUAAAUAAUUCGUUUCAAAACAAAUCAGUUAAUCUUAUAUUGUAUUUUGACUUAGUUUUUGAUUAUCAUAAAUAAAUUAAAUUUAAAGUACGACUGGAUAUAGAGAACAAGGAAGGUCGAUAACUGUAAACAUUUUCUUAUUAAAAUGCAAUGUUUAAAACACACGUCGUGUGAAAUUGACACAGAACGCCACCAAGCAAUACAACAGCAGACUCGGUUUGAUUGAGUCUAUUCAUGAAAGGUUAUGAAAUGUGCAACACCCCUCAUGCCCCAUUGCAUCUUCUUAAGCGGAAAGAAUGAGUGUACUUCAUGAUUCCAGAAAAUAUAACAAAGCAUUUUUAUCCAAAUAGUAUUUUUGAGCACGUUCUUCUUACAGUCGACCCGACAACUGCACUAGCCGAUUGCCAAGGACAUCUACAUGUACCUAAUUUAAAGACCAUUUUUGUUGUGGCAUGUAUUUUUGUUUGUUUAUUUGACACGUUUUUUCAUGUAUCUCAUUUUCAAAUGCAAAAGUUUAGACUGCACGUCCAAAUAAUAUCUCAUAGCAUGUUGUAAACGGAAUCAGUAUCGUAACGGUACACGUAUAAUAUUCCAGGAGUAGUUUUACAACUUGGUUUAACAUUGCUGGUAAUGAUAUCAAACGUGAAAGUACGAUUACAUAUCUGGGUGCAUUCCUUGAUGAAACUUUGAACUGUAAAGAUCAUGCAAAUCGCAAAUGUCGUACAGCCGUGUUGAAUUAUCUACGAAUCAAGAGCAUCCGAAAAUAUUUAACCAAAGCAGCCACUGAAAUUUUAAUUUUUGUCUCUAGCCAUUUCACAUAUGGUUACUGCCUUGUGUAGCUUACGGUGAGGUGCGGAAGACGCAGCGUAUUCAAAACAUGUGUGAAAAACUUGUCCUUAAUAGGAGGAGAUUUGACAGUUCCAAACAAGCAUUGUAUUACUUACAUUUGUUACCGGUGAAGUUUUUGUACUAUUGGUCCAAAACUAUGGAAUGAAAUGCCGUUUGCAUUACGCAAAAGUAAAUCACUUGAAACAUUAAAAAAAAAUCUUAAGACAUCGUAUUCUAGAGACUUCAUGGCAUUGUUUUAAUCUUAUUGAUAAUUAUUUAAUAUGUGAUAACAGCAGGUGUUAGUUUUUAAUCUUAUGUGAGUUCUUAUAUAUUAUCAUUAAUAUUUUAAGUUUUGUUAAUGUACUGUGAACGCUGUUGAAUAUAUCCUUGUAUAGAAAUAGGCGUUUAAUCAAAUAGAUCAGCAGGUCUCAACAUGCUGCUUCUCAUUUGGGGUUAAAUAUAAAGUCCCGUACACUUCGUAUUUAUCGAAACAAACUAGGUGUGAAAAUGUUUUUAUGCACCCGAAGGGAGGCAUAUUAGUUUUCAACUGUCCGUUCGUUCGUUCGUUCGUUCGUUCGUCACAACGUUAACUUUUUGCAUGACUUUACUCGUGAACCACUGCAUUCAGGACCUUCAAACUUCACGUACUGAUAGUACUUAUUGAGUACACCACCUCUACUGACUUUGGGGUCACCAGAUCAAAGGUCACGGUCACAGUGGCCAACGUUAACUUUUUGCAUGAAGGCACUUUACUCGCGAACCACUGCACUCAGGACCUUCAAACUUCACAGGCUGAUAGUACUUAUUGAGUACACCAUCUUUACUGACUUUGGGAUUACCAGGUCAAAGGUCAAGGUCACAGGGGCCAACGUUAACUUUUUGCAUGAAGGCACUUUAUUCGCGAACCACUGCACCCUGGGACUUCAAACUUCACAUGCUGAUAGUACUUAUUGAGUACACGACCCUUACUGACUUUGGGAUCACCAGGUCAAAGGUCAAGGUCACAGGGGCCAAUGUUAACUUUUUGCAUGAAGGUACUUUACUCGUGAACCAUUGCACCCAGGACCUUCAAACUUCACCUACUGGUAGUACUUAUUGAGUACACCAUCUUUACUGACUUUGGGAUCACCAGGUCAAAGGUCAAAGCCACAGGGGCCAACGUUAACUUUUUGCAUGAAGGCACUUUAUUCGCGAACCACUGCACCCUGGACCUUCAAACUUCACAUGCUGAUAGUACUUAUUGAGUACACCAUUCCUACUGACUUUGGGAUCACCAGGUCAAAGGUCAAGGUCACAGGGGCCAACGUUAACUUUUUGCAUGAAGGCACUUUACUCGCGAACCACUGCACCCAGGACCUUCAAACUUCACAUGCUGAUAGUAUUUUAUGAGUACACCAUCCCUACUGACUUUGGGAUCACCAGGUCAAAGGUCAAGGUCACAGGGGCCAACGUUAACUUUUUGCAUGAAGGCACUUUACUCGCGAACCACUGCACCCAGGACCUUCAAACUUCACAUGCUCAUAGUACUUAUUGAGUACACCACCCUACUGACUUUGGGGUCACAGGUCAAAGGUCAAGGUGCUGCGGGGGCAUUUGUCACCAUCAGUGACAGCUCUUGUUUUUUCAUUUUUUCAAUUAGUGUCUAAAAGAAAGGCAAAUGCAAUGAAAAAAGAGAUGCCUGUUUAGAAGUAAGAAGACGGAAAGUUAAGAAAUUGCUGUAUAUGGUUGUUUAUUUUUAUGCAAGAUGUACUUUGUAUGCAUGUUAUAAUGAUGGUUUGUUUAAACUGUUGUUAUAUUGUAGGAAAUCAUAUUCAACUACAUAGGCUGCCCAAGAUUGGCAAAAGAAAUGUUUGAUCUAGAAAUGAAUUAUUGCUUGUAAAAAUUUGUCUAAAUCUGAGAUAUUAAUCUGAAUAUCUUAGAAAAAGCAGGGGUACAUAUAACUUCAUGGUUUCUUUCUGUUGAUGAUUAAUGAUAUCUGUCAUGUGUUAACGAAUCGGAUAGAAAUAUCCGUCCCGAUGGCACCUGCGCAUUUGGGCGGUAACGAGACUUGCCGAGUUACCGCCCAUGCGCAGGUGAUCGACGGACGUAUAUUUCUAUCCGAUUCGUAAACACCUACUGAUAUUUGUUCUUGCAUAUCGUAUCUAUAUAAGCUUUUUAUACUGACAGAUUAUUUUUCUUGCAUAGGCAUAUUUUCAACGAGGCUUAUAAUUGAUAAGACAAUAUCAUUUAUCAACUUAUUGCAUUGUCUCUUACAAUUAAAAUAUGAAUGACUAUGUAUAAUAUUUCAAAUGUUAAAUAUAUCUGUGAUAAAGUAUAAUGCUAAUAUUUAUUAAACUGAAUUAUAUGGUCAUUUUUCAGGCGCUAAAGAGAACUUUUAACCUGA